GCCCGGCUUAGUAGGUGCGGCAAUCGAAAACCUUCUGGCUCCGCCUCCGGCCGUGGGGUUCCUCACUGACUUCCCGGAGCCAGGCGAAGGGGGCGGGGCUGUAUCGCUUCCUCCCUCAGCCCGAGAGCUGGCCCCGCGCGACCCCCUGGACCGCCAUGCUCAGCGCCCCCGCUAUCCCCGAGGAGGUCGGCGGCCUCCUGGCAGAUGUUGAUGCAUUUAUAUCAGACAUCCUAAAAGGAGAAAAUUUAUCCAAAAGAGCAAAGGAAAAGAGGGAUGCUCUGAUUAAGAAGAUAAAAGACAUCAAGUCCAACUAUCCUCAGGAAUUUCAAGAAAAAGGAGAAUUAGAAGAUGGAGAAGAACAUGAAGGUUCUUGGCCUGUGCCUCCUGACAGCUUGUCUGACCGAUAUGAUAAAGACGAUGAAGGCCCAUCUGAUGGGACUCACUUUCUUCCUGUGGCGGCCCAAGACCUUCAGUUUGUGUUAAAAUCUGGAUACCUGGAAAAACGCAGAAAAGACCAUAGCUUUCUUGGCUUUGAAUGGCAAAAACGUUGGUGUGCUCUAAGCCGGACAAUCUUCUAUUAUUAUGGAAGUGACAAAGACAAACAACAGAAAGGUGAAUUUGCUAUAGAUGGCUACACCGUCAGAAUGAAUAAUACCCUUCGGAAGGAUGGGAAGAAAGAUUGCUGUUUUGAAAUCGCUGCACCUGAUAAACGCAUUUAUCAGUUUACAGCAGCCACUGCCAAAGAAGCUGAGGAAUGGGUGCAAAGCCUCAAGUUUGUAUUGCAAGACAUGGGAUCUGAAGUUAUUCCAGAGGAGGAUGAAGAAUAUGAUGACGUUGGGGAAAAUGACAUAAGUUCACCGCAAAUGACUACACAGCCAAUAGAGGAUGACAUUUAUGAAGAACUUCCAGAAGAAGAAGAAGCCAAUGUGCCAGUGAAGAGUGAAGAACGGAAGAAAUUGAGCCAGGAGAAUGUUGCUGAUAUUUCAGGCAAUAAAAACACAGAUUAUGUUAAUUUCUAUCAAGGUAUGUGGGACUGCACUGGAGAUGUUCCUGAUGAACUGACAUUCAAACGUGGUGACGUUAUCUACAUUCUCAGCAAGGAGUACAAUAGAUUUGGCUGGUGGGUAGGAGAAAUGAAAGGAACCAUUGGCUUGGUGCCUAAAGCCUACAUAAUGGAGAUGUAUGAUAUUUGAGAGGCCCGGGCACAUUCUACACAUCAGACAAAGACUACCAUCAAGCUUCCAAACAAAUGCCAAUGUAAAGUAUCUCCAGUGCAAGCUCAUCAAGCUUUCUCUGAAUAUUAUGUAAGUUCAGUCACUGUGGUGAUGAGCCACAUGAUAAGGCAUUAUACUUUUGUAAAGUAGGCACAAACAUAACUCGCAUAAGUCUAGCUGAAAUGAAUGGGGGGAAGAUGUACAAGAACUCUGGAUCAUCAUGUAUUCAUUAUGUUGUGUUUCAGGGUUGUUGUUGUUUUUCAAAACUGUAUUGCUUGUUUUGUAUCAGCAUUAUUUUUCAACUCUUAUCAGAUUUUUUGCUUAUUUUCAGCUAUCCUGAACCUAUUGUAUUGUUUAUUGAAUGUCCCUUCCAUCGAUCAUAUUGACUUAUUCUGUGUAAUUCACCUAGAGUCUGUAAGAAAGGCAGACUAUAAAUGAAUGAAUGAAUGAAUGAAUGAAUGAAUGAAUGAAUGAAUGAAUGAAUGAAUGAAUGAAUAUUUCAAUAUAAGUUAUUGGUAGAGUUGCCAAUAUUUAAACUGGCAUCACUUGCUGUCCUUUUUUAAUAUCAAUUUGAUCUGCAAACAAUUACUAGACAAUAUUAUUAAACUCCUUGUCAUGAACAGCUUCAAAUGUGCAUUGCCACUCAUUAAACCUCUAUUAAAGGGACAGGGCAGUUUUUCUUUGUCCAUUUGGCAACCUUGGUUAUUAGACAUUUUGUGUGGAUUCUUCUUUCUACUUUGAGAAUCCCAGUGGCAUGUACUUCUACUUUCUACAUGUGAUGCACAGCGACUAAUAUUUCUUUGUUGAAUUUUCCUAGUCUCUUUGUAAUGGUACCUGUUAUUUUAUUUACAUGAUUUGUGUGCUAAAUAGAUUCUGAUGAAUAUUUUAUAAAAAUUAAGUUAGUGAAAUUAUGGUAGCAGAUCAUUUUAAUGUGAAAUAUAAUACAAUACAAUAGCUUGUUUUAAUGUAAUUGAAGAAGUACUGUGUUGCUCUUUGUAAAAUACCUAGUGCAUUUCUACAUGUAUUUGCCAUUUAUCAUUUCUAUAUAAUGAAGAUUUUGGUAUUUGUACAAUGCAUUUUCUCUUCACAAAAUCAGAUCUUCCAUAAUAAAGAUAUGUCUUGGCUAACAGAAUACUGUACUACAUUCCUGCUCAGAUGGUGAGAUCACAUUGGCUAGCUAAUGAGGAUAUUAUUUAAACUUAGAUGCUUCAAGUGUGUUGAAGAAGGAAGGUAUACCUAAGGUAUAACUGUCCUCUAAACAAGCUAAAUAGCAUUUGGUUUGGAAAUGGUUCAUGGAGAUGCUUUGGUAAAAGGAUAGCGACUAUAGACUAUAUUGCUGUGUACUAUACUGUGUUGUUGUAAGUAUGCUACUAUUGGGUAGUUUCUGCAUCAUUUAAUGUAUCAUGAAAUUGCUUCUGGUUUGUUUCAGUAUUGUUUCAUCUCUGUAUCAGAUUUCUGAUGAUUUCAAGUUUCUGCAAUCCAUACUUUAUUGUAAUAUUUAUUGAAUAUUCCAGC